CGCCCUGAGGGCCCAGCAGCUGUUUUUGGCCGUGCAGCUCAGACCCGUAGCGCGUCUGCAGGAGCCCGGGCACCCGAAAACUUCCUUUAUUUGCAACCUGCUGCAAUCAUGCGUGAGUGCAUCUCAAUCCAUGUGGGUCAAGCUGGCGUGCAAAUUGGCAAUGCAUGCUGGGAGCUCUACUGUUUGGAGCAUGGCAUCCAACCCAGUGGGACCAUGCCAAGUGACAAAACAAUUGGUGGCGGUGAUGACUCGUUCAACACCUUCUUCAGUGAGACGGGGGCCGGAAAGCAUGUUCCUCGUGCAGUGUUUGUGGAUCUGGAACCAGCAGUGAUAGAUGAAGUGCGGAAUGGGACAUACAAACAGCUCUUCCACCCUGAGCAGCUGAUUUCUGGCAAAGAGGAUGCCGCAAAUAAUUAUGCAAGAGGUCACUACACUGUGGGCAAAGAAAUAAUAGACUUGGUAUUGGAGCGUGUCAGGAAGCUGGCAGACCAGUGCACUGGCUUGCAAGGAUUCCUGAUUUUCCACAGUUUUGGAGGAGGCACUGGUUCGGGCUUCACCUCUCUGUUGAUGGAACGCCUCUCUGUCGACUAUGGAAAGAAAUCAAAAUUAGAAUUUGCUAUAUACCCAGCUCCGCAAGUUUCAACUGCUGUUGUUGAGCCAUAUAACUCCAUCCUGACGACCCAUACCACCCUUGAACAUUCUGACUGUGCCUUCAUGGUUGAUAACGAAGCAAUCUAUGAUAUUUGUCGCAGGAACCUUGACAUUGAACGCCCUACUUAUACCAAUCUCAACCGCCUGAUUGGUCAGAUUGUCUCCUCAAUCACUGCCUCUCUCAGGUUUGAUGGUGCCUUAAAUGUGGAUUUGACAGAGUUCCAGACAAACCUGGUGCCUUAUCCCAGAAUCCACUUUCCUCUGGUAACCUAUUCCCCCAUUAUUUCAGCAGAGAAAGCUUACCAUGAGCAGCUCUCUGUGUCUGAAAUCACCAAUGCUUGUUUUGAGCCAUCCAACCAGAUGGUGAAGUGUGAUCCUCGCCAUGGCAAAUACAUGGCCUGUUGCAUGUUGUAUCGUGGAGAUGUUGUCCCCAAGGAUGUCAAUGCUGCUAUCGCUGCUAUCAAAACAAAGCGUACCAUUCAGUUUGUUGACUGGUGUCCUACCGGUUUUAAGGUGGGUAUCAAUUACCAGCCUCCAACCGUCGUUCCUGGUGGUGACUUGGCCAAAGUCCAGCGUGCAGUUUGCAUGCUCAGCAAUACUACAGCCAUCGCCGAAGCCUGGGCCCGCCUGGAUCACAAGUUUGACUUGAUGUAUGCCAAGCGUGCUUUUGUCCAUUGGUAUGUUGGAGAAGGAAUGGAGGAAGGAGAGUUUUCUGAGGCCCGGGAAGACCUGGCUGCACUUGAGAAAGAUUAUGAAGAAGUGGGCACAGACUCCUUGGAUGGUGAAGAUGAAGGCGAAGAGUAUUAAACUUCCCAAAAGCCUUUUUUUGUAACUGUGACCAUUUACUGCUUGGCUUUUUAUAAAAAAGUAAAUGGGAACACAACUCAAAUGUAAACUGUACUCUUAUAACCAAGGUAAUGUUCAGUUGAUGAUGCUGAUGCAAGCACUAUAAAACAUCUGGUUGGAUAUAAAUAAAAUAGUUAACUAAAA